AUGCUGAUGGAUCCACUGCCCAACAUAUGCAAGGUUUAUUCUUUACUUGUUCAACAAGAAAGACAAAAUGGUACCCCUGUUGAUGAAUCCAAAGUGUUAGCUAUUCCUAACACCAAUCGUGAGUCACAAUCUAGAAACUCUUCUCGAGGAAGAGGUAAUUUUCGAAGGGGCAGAACCAAUAGUGGCAGAGGAAGAGGUAAUCGUGUCUGUACUCAUUGUGGAAUGACCAACCACACCAUUGAUACAUGUUUCAAAAAUCAUGGCUAUCCUCCCAAUUGGAAGCUAGAUGGUACAAUCAACAAUUACAUCACUUCACAUGACAAACCAGAUGUUAUUCCAAAUGAUGAUUCUGAAGCUAAUGCACCGGUAAACUCUGGAUUGACCUUUACUCCUGAGCAGCACAAAGCUUUACUGGCUUUACUCCAAGAUGCAUCAAAUUUACAGUCUCAUAGAAUUAAUCACCUUACAUCUCAAACCAAGCUCAGUUCAGAUGUACUAUAUAUGCCUGAUUUUGCUUUCAAUCUUAUUUCUGUUCCCAAAUUGACCAAAUCCCUCAACUGCCAACUUAUGUUUACUGAUACUACUUGUGUCAUACAUGAUUUGUCAUCCAGGAAGAUGAUUGGCACAACUGAACUACAUGGUGGAUUGUAUCUGCUCAAAACUCCAUCUGUUUCCUUGUACCCUAAUCCACAUAGUCAUUUUGUUAAUUCCAAUGUGCAAAUACUUGUAAAUAAAUCUUCCAAUUGUAGCCUAUGGCAUAUAAGACUUGGACAUACUUCACAUGUCAAGCCUGUUGAACUCAAUAAAGUUUUUCCUUUUAUCAAACAUGUCAAUCCCAAUUUACCUUGUGAUGUUAAAUAUCUAAACCCCAUUGGCCAAUCCUUCCAUGAUGGGGUUUAG